UUACAGAGCCCAAGUCUAACUGGCUGGCCCAUCGGAAAACGGCCCAAGCGCCUCGGAGGCCACCGUCUUCCUCGCGCCGCCGCCGUUUCUCGUCUCCGCCUCCCCAGCUCCCCUGACCUCAUCCGGGUCCGGCGGGAGUCGCUGGUCAGAUGCGGCGUGCGGGUCUUUUCUCAACGGCGGGGCUGAGAGUCUGUACAGGAUUAGAUGUGGAAGCCAUGGCGGUUACCCGGCGCAAUUCGUAUCCGUCAUCUCAGCCCUGACGUCAGGACAGAAGCCAAGUUUGGAGGCCGAGGUUUUGCCAAUGGUGCCCCGAAGCUGAACUCCGACAACGGGAGCUUGUUCAGAGGUGGAAGCAGCCACGUUGGGGAGAACCGCAAUCCAGUCUUUGCAGGCGCUCCGGAGGAAGCUGGGUCUGGUUUUGUGCAGAAAACUGGAGGAAAGUCCAAACCCGAGGCCCGUUCUGCAGUAAAAUCGUGCUCUGGUAUUGGGAGUCUGGUUAUAUCAAAGUGCGCUGACAUAUUUGAGAGUAGAGGGGACACCUUUGAUGGGAAGUGCAGCUUGCAAGAUGUUCUUAAGCCUGGUUUGUAGCUCUCACCGGAGACCCUUCGCCGGUUCUGGCGCGUCUCUGAGCUGAAGCCUGAGGAUUUUCUUGACAUAUUGAUUGGUUUUGGGUCUAGCCCGGGACAAGUGAGGAACGCGAGGUUUUUAUGGAAUUUGUACAGGUGGGCCUCACAGCAAAGCAAGGAGUUCCAACAUCUGCCAAGGUCAAAUGAGACCAUGGUAGCCAUACUUGUGGAUGCUCAUAUGCUCAGUCAGGCUGAAUCACUACUGCUCUCAUUGGAUGAUCAUAUGGCUCUGGCCGUUUCAAGUGAACUAUUCAGUCGGAUUAUCCAGGCGUAUUCAGAAGCAUGCAACCUCGAGAAAUCAGUUGCACUUUACGAUUAUGCAAGGUGUAAGUGUUUGAUUCCUUCAGUUUCAUGCUACCAAGUACUUCUUCAUUUUCUGAUCAGAAAGAGAAAGGAUGAAUUGAUUUUAAGAGUAUAUUUGGACAUGCUUCAAGCUGGGUUCGGUUCUUGCACCAAAGGAGACAUUCUUGAUUCUGUUAUCAUUGCUUUAAUCAAGAAAGACAAUUUUUUGGAAGCUCUUGCUAUACUUCGGCAAAUAAAGAGUUUGGGUCUUAAAUUAAGCAAGGGAUCCUUAUCAAUUAUUGUAGAAGAAUUUAACAAGAAAAAGGACAUUGGGGAUAUGAUGAACUUUUUGGAAGAGUGGAGGUGUUUACCUGAGUUGCGUCUUUGCAACAGAAUCCUUGCGUCUUCAUGCACAAAUCUCGGUACUGAUCAGGCAUGGUUGGUCUUCCAAAGAUUGGAGGCAUUAGGGUUUUCUCCAGAUGCUACUACUUUUGGAAUUUUCAUAUUUCAUAGCUGUAGAGAAAUGAAACUUAUAUCUGCAUUCGUAUAUUUAUCAGAGUGCUUUUCUAGACAUAUUAAACCUAGGGUGUGUGCUUAUAAUGCUAUUUUAGGUGGCGUUUUCAGGGAGGGACUGUACAGACAUGCAAAGUAUGUCUUUGAAGAUAUGGUUGAAAGAAAAGUAACGCCUAAUCUUUCAACAUAUAAGAUAAUUCUGGCAGGAUAUUGCUGGUAUAGACAGUUUGAUGAUAUUGAACAAGUCUUGAGGGAUAUGAAAACCAAUGGUGUAAAUGAUCUUCCUUCUGGAAACUGUGCACUCUCUAAGACCUUAUCAUUCUUGGGGCUAGAUCACCUAGGAGUGAAAAUUAAGAGAGAUAAUGCCACUGGUUUCCCGAAAGCUGAGUUUUUUGAUUCGGUUGGCAACGGUCUUUAUUUGGACACUGACUCAAAAAAGUUUGAGAUUUCAUUGGCACAGAUUUUGGAUAUUGCACUUCAACCAGAUGUUAACUCAGAGCUAGUCAGUGCAUCUCAGCAAGGCAAUGUUGCAAAUGCUCUUCUUCUGAAAGAUGAAGCUUUUCAAUGGGGAUAUGCCAUUUCACCAGCUAGCUGUUCAGAAUUAUUCAAGGCCUUAUGUCAUUAUGUGUGAGCCCUGCAUUUGUAAUAGAUGCCAUUGACCUUAUGGAGGAGAUGCCAGAUAUAUUUGACAAGUUUGGUGCUCAAAGCCUUAAUUUAUUUAUCCAAACCUUGAGUAGGAAUGGGAUGUCAGCUCAUGCAAGACUGGUUUUUAAAAAAAUGGUCAGAGAAGGCUUGUCAAUCAGUCAAGAUACAUAUACUUAUUUGAUGAUAGGCUUCUGCAAAGAAAGAAACAUAGCAGGGUUUUGGGAAUGUUGGAAUCUUGCAACAAAUUAUAGGUGGCCACCUGAUAGCAAGGAUAUGAUGGCCCUCACCAGUUGCUUGUGCAAAUGGGGAGUAAUUGAGGAAGCCCUGAAGCUUAUGAACCAAUUAUUUGACUGUUAUCCGGAUCUAUUUUUCAGUGCAUAUUAUGCACUUCUCGAAGAAUUGUGCAGGACAGGUUUUACCAGUGUUGGAUGUGCAAUGUUGGAGGCUCUCAAAGAAAAGGGAAUGGUUGUGUCAAUGCUCUUUUGUGUGAUGGAGGGCUUCCUAAAGGAGCAUAAGACUGCUGAAUCAAUUGGAAUGUAUGACAUGUGGCUUUACAAAUGCAAAGAACUAGACGCAUUUACUUUCCGUUCUAUAUUGCCUUCAGUGCCAUUGCUUGAUAUGGACCGAGCCAAGAACUUGGUUGAAUCUGUACUGAACAUGGAAUUUACUGAAUUCUCAUAUUGCAGUUGCAUUUUGAAGGAAUUAGUGCAAACAGGAAAUAUGAAGCGGGUAAUGCAAGUCUUGCAAGGAUCAACGCCUUGGAAGCUCAGUGGCACCUUGUUAAAUUCCUUAAUUCAAGCAUAUGGUUGUCUAGAAAAUUGGAGAAUGUUAGAUGCAGUUUUUUGCAUGAUGCUGAAGAUGCAUGCCAACCUUUCUAUAUCUAGCUAUCGCUUCCUUGUCUGUAGAAUGUGUGAGCAAAGUCGGUUUUCUAGUGCAUCAAGCCUUAGGACACUGUUCCAACAUAGUGACAAGUCAAGAAAGCUAAUUUCAUGCAAUAUUCUAAUAUUUUAUCUUUUUCAGAGAAGGAACACCUCACAGGUUCAUGAUUUAUUGAAGGACAUGGAAUGUAAUGGUAUUUCUCCAGACAGAAUGACCUAUGACUUCCUUGUCUAUGGAUUUCACAAGUCUGGAGAUGCCAAUAGUUCAGUUAGUAUGCUUGAUGCCUGUAUUGCUCAGGGAAGCAA